AUGAUCAUCAAAAGAGGCGAUGAUGCAUCUAUCAACAACGUGAAGUUCACCACCACUCACAAUCUCAAGCGGUCAAUCACCCACGAACGGUAUGAAAAACUCAAAGAAAGUAUCAUCUUUGAUAAGUCGGAUACCCACGGUUUGGUCUUUCCUUACUAUGACGCCCUUGUCAUUGCUUUUCGUGUUUUUGAUACUGAUGUAAGACGUAUCAUGGUCGAUGAUGGAAGCGGUGCAUGCAUCAUCCAUCCUCGAGUUCUCACCCAAAUGAAGCUCGAGGAUAGGAUAGUGACGCGAUACAUAACGCUAACAGGUUUUAACAAUGUAGUUGAGUGGACAUCUGGAGAAAUCAUGUUGCCCGUCUUGGCCGGCGGCAUUACCUUAGAGACCACGUUCCAUAUCAUGGACCAGGAUAUGGAAUACAACACCAUCAUAGACGGACCAUGGAUACACGCCAUGAAAGUUGUCCCCUCCAGUUUGAACCAAGUCAUUAAAUUUCCCACCCUCUUGGGAGUAUUCUGCAUCUGGGGAAAUUACCGCACUCCCAAAAAUGCUACAAAAUUGCCCAAGACUGCACAUACACCCAAUAUUUGA